UUUGUAGCCGUGUAGGAGAGGCAGAGUCUACAAGUCCCAGUGCCUGCUUCUGUUAAUGGCUGCAGCCAGUGCCUGGUGUACUCGGUCUCGUGCCUUAGCUCCUCAGCCCCUCCCCACAAAUGCUCAGCGGAACAGGGGAUUAGGUUCUGGCAGCACAGCUGGGAUUUUGGCGGCCAUUCCACAGCUGACAAUAGCACGCAGCACAGGACAGCGCAGGCCUGUACUCCAGGGCCAGAAUCUGCCUGGGCUUCUUGUUUGGGUGGCAGAGGGGGAGGAGCGGGCACAGCGCGGCAUCCUGGCCUUGCCACACAGAAGGUGCAUUGGAGUGACUGUCUGGUAUCACCAAGAUGACAAUCCACGCCACCCGGGGGGCCGCACUCCUCUCUUGGGUGAACAGUCUGCGCGUGGCUGAUCCUGUGGAGGCUAUAUUGCAGCUCCAGGACUGCAGCAUCUUCAUCAAGAUCAUUGACAGAAUCCAUGGCACUGAAGAGGGACAGCAAAUCUUGCAACAGCCGGUGCCAGAGAGACUGGACUUUGUGUGCAGUUUUCUGCAGAAAAAUCGAAAACAUCCCUCUUCUCCAGAAUGCCUGGUGUCUGCACAGAAGGUGCUAGAGGGAUCAGAGUUGGAACUGGCCAAGAUGACUAUGCUGCUCUUAUACCACUCUACCGUGAGCUCCAAAAGCCCCAAGGACUGGGAACAGUUUGAAUAUAAGAUUCAGGCUGAGUUGGCUGUCAUUCUUAAAUUUGUGCUGGACCAUGAGGAUGGGCUAAACCUUAAUGAGGACCUAGAGAACUUCUUACAGAAAGCUCCUGUCCCUUCUACAUGUUCUAGCACAUUCCCUGAACAGCUCUCCCCACCUAGCCAUCAGACCAAGAGGGAGAUUCGCUUCCUAGAGCUACAGAAGGUUGCCUCCUCUUCCAGUGGGAACAACUUCCUCUCAGGUUCCCCAGCGUCUCCCAUGGGCGAUAUCCUGCAGACCCCACAGUUCCAGAUGAGACGGCUGAAGAAGCAGCUUGCUGAUGAGAGAAAUGAUAGGGAUGAGUUGGAGCUGGAGCUGGCCGAGAACCGCAAGCGCCUCACCGAAAAGGAUGCACAGAUAGCCAUGAUGCAGCAGCGCAUUGACCGCCUGGCCCUGCUGAAUGAGAAGCAGGCGGCCAGCCCACUGGAGCCCAGGGAGCUCGAGGAGCUGCGUGACAAGAACGAGAGCCUUACCAUGCGGCUGCAUGAAACCCUGAGGCAGUGCCAGGACCUGAAAACAGAGAAGAGCCAGAUGGAUCGCAAAAUCAACCAGCUUUUGGAAGAGAAUGGAGACCUUUCUUUUAAGCUGCGGGAGUUUGCCAGCCACCUGCAGCAGCUACAGGAUGCCUUCAGCAAGCUAACAGAGGAGCACAGCAAGGCCACUCAGGAGUGGCCGGAGAAGCAGGCCCAGCUGGAGAAGGAGCUCGGCACAGCCCUGCAGGACAAGAAAUGCCUUGAAGAGAAGAAUGAAAUCCUUCAGGGAAAACUUUCACAGCUGGAAGAACACUUAGCCCAGCUGCGGGAGAACCCACCCCGGGAGAAGGGUGAGGUGCUGGGUGAUGUCUUGCAGUUGGAAACCUUGAAGCAAGAGGCAGCCACUCUUGCUGCAAACAACACACAGCUCCAGGCCAGGGUCGAGAUGCUGGAGACUGAGCGGGUCCAGCAGGAAGCCAAGCUGCUUGCUGAGCGGGACCACUUUGAAGAAGAAAAGCAGCAGCUGGCUAACCUGAUCGCUGACCUGCAGAACUCUAUCUCCAACCUCAGCCAGGCCAAGAAAGAGCUGGAGCAGGCCUCCCAGGCUCAUGGGGCCCAACUGACUGGCCAGGUGGCCUCUCUGACCUCUGAGCUCACCACACUCAAUGCCACCAUCCAGCAACAGGAUCGAGAACUGGCCAGCCUGAAGCAGCAGGCCAAAGAGGAGCAGGCCCAGCUAGCACAGACCCUCCAACAGCAAGAACAGGCCUCCCAGAGCCUCCGCCACCAGGUGGAGCAGCUGAGCAGCAGCCUGAAGCAGAAGGAGCAGCAGUUGAAGGAGGUAGAGGAGAAGCAGGAGGCCACUAGGCGGGACCACGCCCAGACACUGGCCACUGCUGCAGAGGAGCGAGAGGCCUUCUUAAGGGAGCGGGAUGCAGCUCUACAGCAGCUGGAGGCACUGGAAAAGGAGAAGGCUACCAAGCUAGAGAUUCUGCAGCAGCAACUUCAGGCUGCUAAUGAAGCCCGGGACAGUGCCCAGAGCUCAGUGACAGAGGCCCAGAGGGAGAAGGCAGAGCUGAGCCAGAAGGUGGAAGAACUCCAGGCCCGUGUUGAAAUAGCCUGCCAGGAACAGCAUGAGGCCCAGGCCCAGGUAGCAGAGCUAGAGGUCCAGCUGCAGUCUGAGCAGCAAAAAGCAAAUGAGAAAGAAAGGGUGGCCCAGGAGAAAGACCAGCUCCAGGAACAGCUCCAGGCCCUCAAAGAGUCCUUGAAAGUCACCAAGGGCAGCCUUGAAGAGGAGAAGCGCAGGGCUGCAGAUGCCCUGGAAGAGCAGCAGCAUCGUAUCUCUGAGCUGAAGGCAGAGACCCGAAGCCUGGUGGAGCAGCGUCAGCAGGAACAAAAAGAGCUGGAAGAAGAGAAGGCUAGGCGCAAGGGGCUGGAGGCUCGAUUACAGCAGCUUGGGGAGGCCCAUCAGGCUGAGACUGAAGCCCUGCGGGGGGACCUGGCAGAGGCCAUAGCUGCCCAGCGCACGGCUGAGAGUGAGUGUGAGCAGCUCAUCAAAGAGGUAGCUGCCUGGCGUGAACGGUAUGAAGAUAGCCAGCAAGAGGAGGCACAGUAUGGCGCCAUGUUCCAGGAACAGCUGAUGACUUUGAAGGAGGAAUGUGAGAAGGCCCGCCAGGAGCUGCAGGAGGCAAAGGAGAAGGUGGCAGGCAUAGAAUCCCACAGGGAGCUCCAGAUAAGCCGGCAGCAGAAUGAGCUAGCUGAGCUCCAUGCCAACCUGGCCAGAGCACUCCAGCAGGUCCAGGAGAAGGAAGUCAGGGCCCAGAAGCUUGCAGAUGAUCUCUCCACUGUGCAGGAAAAGAUGGCUGCCACCAGCAAAGAGGUGGCCCGCUUGGAGGCCUUGGUGCGCAAAGCAGGUGAGCAGCAGGAAACAGCCUCCCGGGAGAUAGUCAAGGAGCCUGCGAGGGCAGGAGACAGAGAGCCCGAGUGGCUAGAAGAGCAACAGGGGCAUCAGUUCUGCAGCACACAGGCUGCGCUACAGGCUAUGGAGCGGGAGGCAGAGCAGAUGGGCAAUGAGCUGGAGCGGCUGCGGGCCGCACUGAUGGAGAGCCAGGGGCGGCAGCAGGAGGAGCGUGGGCAGCAGGAGAGGGAGGUGGCGCGGCUGACCCAGGAGCGGGGCCGGGCCCAAGCUGAUCUUGCCCUGGAGAAGGCGGCCAAAGCAGAGCUGGAGAUGCGGCUGCAGAACGCCCUCAAUGAGCAGCGUGUGGAGUUUGCUACCCUGCAAGAGGCACUGGCCCAUGCCCUGACGGAAAAGGAAGGCAAGGACCAGGAGUUGGCCAAGCUUCGUGGCCUGGAGGCAGCCCAGAUGAAAGAGCUGGAGGAGCUUCGGCAAACCAUGAAGCAACUGAAGGAACAGCUGGCUAAGAAAGAAAAGGAGCACACAUCUGGUUCGGGAGUCCAGUCUGAGGCUGCUGGCAGGACAGAGCCAACAGGCCCCAAGCUGGAGGCGCUGCGAGCAGAGGUGAUUAAGCUGGAGGAGCAGUGCCAGCAGCAGCAGAAACAGGUCGACAGCCUGGAAUGCAGCCUCAAGGUUGAGCGGGCCUCCCGGGCUGAGUGUGACAAUGCUCUGGAGACUCUGCAGGGCCAGUUAGAGGAGAAGGCCAAGGAGCUGGGACACAGUCAGAGCGCCUUAGCCUCGGCCCAGAGAGAACUGGCUGCCCUCCACACCAAGGCACAAGACCACAGCAAGGCUGAGGAUGAGUGGAAGGUCCAGGUGGCCCGGGGCCGGCAGGAGGCUGAGAGGAAAAAUAGCCUCAUCAGCAGCUUGGAGGAGGAGGUGUCCAUCCUGAAUCGCCAGGUCCUGGAGAAAGAAGGGGAGAGCAAGGAGUUGAAGCGGCUGGUGAUGGCCGAGUCAGAGAAGAGCAAGAAGCUGGAGGAGAGGCUGCACCUGCUCCAGGCAGAGACAGCUAGCAACAGUGCCAGAGCUGCAGAACGCAGCUCUGCCCUGCGGGAGGAGGUGCGGAGCCUCCGGGAGGAGGCCGAGAAACAGCGGGUGGCUUCAGAGAACCUGCGGCAGGAGCUGACCUCACAAGCUGAGCGUGCAGAGGAGCUGGGCCAAGAAUUGAAGGCGUGGCAGGAGAAGUUCUUCCAGAAAGAACAGGCCCUCUCCGCCCUGCAGCUCGAGCACACCAGCACACAGGCCCUGGUGAGUGAGCUGCUGCCUGCUAAGCACCUCUGCCAGCAGCUCCAGGCCGAGCAGGCUGCUGCUGAGAAGCGCCACCGCGAGGAGCUGGAGCAGAGCAAGCAGGCAGCUGGGGGGCUGCGGGCAGAACUGCUGCGGGCCCAGCGGGAGCUUGGGGAGCUGAUUCCUCUUCGACAGAAGGUGGCAGAGCAGGAGCGAACAGCUCAGCAGCUGCGGGCAGAGAAGGCCAGCUAUGCAGAACAGCUGAGCAUGCUGAAGAAAGCACAUGGCCUGCUGGCAGAGGAGAACCGAGGGCUGGGUGAGCGGGCCAACCUUGGCCGGCAAUUUUUGGAAGUGGAGCUGGACCAGGCCCGGGAGAAGUAUGUCCAAGAGUUGGCAGCCGUGCGUGCUGAUGCUGAGACCAGUCUGGCUGAGGUGCAGCGGGAAGCACAGAGCACUGCGCGGGAGCUGGAGGUGAUGACUGCCAAGUAUGAGGGUGCCAAGGUCAAGGUCCUGGAGGAGAGGCAGCGGUUCCAGGAAGAGAGGCAGAAACUCACUGCCCAGGUGGAGCAGCUAGAGAUAUUUCAGAGAGAGCAAACUAAGCAGCAAUCUGUUCCCCCAAUGCUAACCACAGCAGCCACGCUGCUAGCACCAGCCCUAACGGCCUGUGGAUGUUGGAAAGAGGUGGAAGAACUGAGUAAGAAACUGGCUGACUCUGACCAAGCCAGCAAGGUGCAGCAGCAGAAGCUGAAGGCUGUCCAGGCUCAGGGAGGAGAGAGCCAGCAGGAGGCCCAGCGCCUCCAGGCCCAGCUGAAUGAACUACAAGCCCAUUUGAGCCAGAAGGAGCAGGCAGCUGAGCACUAUAAGCUGCAGAUGGAGAAAGCCAAGACCCAUUAUGAUGCCAAGAAGCAACAGAACCAAGAGCUGCAGGAGCAGCUGCGGAGCCUGGAGCAGCUGCAGAAGGAAAACAAAGAGCUGCGGGCUGAAGCCGAACGGCUGGGCCAUGAGCUACAGCAGGCUGGGCUGAAGACCAAAGAGGCUGAACAGACUUGCCGCCACCUUACUGCCCAGGUGCGCAGCCUGGAGGCACAGGUUGCCCACGCAGACCAGCAGCUUCGAGACCUGGGCAAAUUCCAGGUGGCAACUGAUGCUUUAAAGAGCCGUGAACCCCAGGCCAAGCCCCAGCUGGACUUGAGUAUUGACAGCCUGGAUCUGAGCUGCGAGGAGGGGACCCCACUCAGUAUCACCAGCAAGCUGCCUCGUACCCAGCCAGACGGCACCAGUGUCCCUGGAGAACCAGCCUCACCCGUCUCCCAGCGCCUGCCACACAAGGUAGAAUCCCUGGAGAGUCUCUACUUCACACCCAUCCCUGCUCGGAAUCAGGCCCCCCUGGAGAGCAGCCUGGACUCCCUAGGAGACGUCUUCCUGGACUCGGGUCGUAAGACCCGCUCCGCUCGUCGGCGCACCACACAGAUCAUCAACAUCACCAUGACCAAGAAGCUAGAUGUGGAAGAGCCAGACAGCGCUAACUCAUCCUUCUAUAGCACGCGGUCUGGUCCUGCAUCCCAGGCCGGCCUGCGAGCCACCUCCUCUACUCAGUCUCUAGCCCGCUUGGGUUCUCCCGAUUAUGGCAACUCAGCCCUGCUUAGCCUGCCUGGCUACCGCCCCACCACUCGCAGUUCUGCUCGUCGAUCCCAAGCUGGGGUAUCCAGUGGGGCCCCUCCAGGAAGAAACAGCUUCUACAUGGGCACUUGCCAGGAUGAGCCUGAGCAGCUGGACGACUGGAACCGGAUUGCAGAGCUGCAGCAGCGCAACCGAGUGUGCCCACCACACUUGAAGACCUCCUAUCCCCUGGAGGCCAGGCCUUCCCUGAGCCUGGCCACCAUCUCAGAUGAGGAGAUGAAAACUGGCGACCCCCAGGAGACCCUGCGCCGAGCCAGCAUGCAGCCAAUCCAGAUAGCAGAGAGCACUGGCAUCACCACCCGACAGCAGCGCAAACGGGUCUCCCUAGAGCCCCACCAGGGCCCUGGCACUCCUGAGUCUAAGAAGGCCACCAGCUGUUUUCCACGCCCCAUGACUCCCCGGGACAGACAUGAAGGGCGCAAACAGAGCACUACUGAGGCCCAGAAGAAAGUGGCUCCAGCUUCUACUAAACAGGCUGACCGGCGCCAGUCAAUGGCCUUCAGCAUCCUCAACACGCCCAAGAAGCUAGGGAACAGCCUUCUGCGGCGGGGAACCUCAAAGAAGGCCCUGUCCAAAGCUUCCCCCAACACUCGCAGUGGAACCCGCCGCUCUCCGCGCAUUGCUACCACCACAGCUAGUGCUGCCACUGCUGCUGCCAUUGCUGCCACCCCUCGAGCCAAGGGCAAGGCAAAGCACUAAACGGCUAGUACCAGAGAGUGGCCCCACCUGUGUCCCCGAUGCUGACCUCACCUGGUCUUCCUUCUACUGUCCCUCUCAGUGCCUUCUCUCAGCUCCCAGGCCAACAGUAGCCAAAACCCUAGAGACAGUAAUGUCUGCCUGCACCCUGGCCUGGUCCCUGGACGCCUUCUCAGAGCUGGACCAGGAAGCCUGGAGCAUGGACAGUGUGGGUGCUCUCCCUACCUUGCCUCCUUUUUUCUUAGAGCAAAGUCACUUCUCCAUCACGACCAGAUUUGAGGCUGAUGGCUGGGUCCUUGGGCCUAGCCAGUCUUCCUCUCAGCCUCUGGAUCUAGAAGGGACCAGAGGAGGAGUAGGCCCUGGUUCCUGCUCUCCCGGUGGCUGGGCCUAGCAGGGGCCCUCAGUCUUGAUGUCCAGGACUGGAUAUGGUGGGAACACCUGCCUGAGGAUGCCCUUUUCCAGCACGGAUGGGCCCUGUGGCUCAGGUGUGGGGUGGAGGGAUAGCCUUCAGUGGCAGCUCACACCCUGCCUUCCCCAGACUUGCACUGGGGUGGGAUUUGGAGUGAUGGGAAGGUUUUUAAGGGCCAGGGAUGGAUCUUUUCUAAAUGUUAUUACUUGUAAAUAAAGUCUAUUUUUCUCCCUUGA